AUGGACCGUAAGGCAGAAAUUAAGAAGCUUCUGCAAGGAAUAGAAAGAUAUAGCCCAGAGCACCGAAAUGCUCUUGAAGAACAUAUAUUAUGGCAGAUCCAUAACAAUGAGUACGACCUAGAAGCAAAUCUUGCUCUGCUUAGAUUGUAUCAGUUCUACCCCGAUCGGUUCAACGCAGAAUAUGCAAAGUUGGUGCUACUAAAAGCCAUGUGUAACCAUAGUCAAUCAGAUUUUACUCUGUGCAAGUACUUACUUAACUUGGAACAUUUAAGCAAAGAACCACUUUCACAUGUUGUAGAACUCGGUUAUUUGCUGGAAACUUGUCGUUUUACUGAGUUUUGGAUAAAGCUAAAAGAAAAUCCUAAAAUGACUGCUUCUCUUUCUGGGUUCCGGGAAUCUAUUUACAAAUGUAUAUUUGUUGGUAUGCAUCUAACUGCAUUAACAUUCACUGUUGAGUGUUUUAUUCGAUGCGAAACUAAUGUUAUUGGGAUUUUUAAAACUGUUGUAUAUGUAUUCUUGAAAAGCUUUUCGGAACGACUGGAAUGUGCUGAUGAUCCACGGUUCUAA